AUGACAAUUCCACUCCCCUCCCUCCGUUACUCUGUUCAAUCUGUUCCAGCGAAUCUACUCCAAUUCAACAACCCAUCAACCUCUUCUCCACCGUCGCCUCCACCUUCCCAGGACUCAACUACUGAUGCCCAAGAACCAAAAGAAACUGUACUCUGGAUAGGGUGUUCUGAUUCCCUAGUAUCAGAAACUGAUGCUCUCACAAAUGUUAAGAGAUCCGAGAUUUUCGUCCAUCGUAACUUAGGAAACCGUGUGAGCGUUGGAGAUACAAGCAGUGGAAGUGCAAUUGAAUGGGCCGUAGAUGUUCUAAAGGUGCAACACAUCAUAAUAUGUGGCCACUAUGAUUGUCAUCUGCUUGAGGAAUCAGAAAGUGAUAGUAACAAUUGGUAUCGUGAUAUCAUCCAACUUCAUCAAGAGUCCGACGCACUCGAACCACCUGCGCAAUCGCCUCAAUCACGGAAUCGUCAUUUCACGGAACUUUAUGUACUGUCUGAAGUGGAAUGGUUAAGACAGCAACCUAUUGUUCAGCGAGCAAUGAAGGAGUGGGACUGUCAGAUUCAUGCCUUUGUCUAUGACCGGGAUCAAAAUAGCUGCCUAAGAUUGGUCCCAGAGAGUCAGAUAAAAUGA